CGGCGGGAAGCAGUUGGGGGGGGUCACGGCGCUCGCCGGCCCCCGCCGGAGCCGUUCCCCGCUUCGGCGUCCCCUCUUCCGGUGCGGCGGGCGCGCGGCACGGCCUCGGCGCGCCCCGACCUUUCCCCGUCCCGCCGUUGGCGUUUGCCGGAGCGCCGCCGGCAUGGCCGUCCUCAAACCCAGGCUGCAGGACUUGGAGAGGGACGAGGACGCCCUGAGCGAGAAGGAGUGUGUCCGGGAGAAGCUGAGCCUCAUCCAUGGCUUCCUGCAGGCCGACGUGCAGAACCAGCUGAGUGAGCUGGAAGCCAAACUGCGCUGCGAGGAGCUGUCGGAGGAGCGCUACCUGGCCAAGGUCAAGGCCCUGCUGCGCCAGGAGCUGUUGGCGGCGAACGGGGCGGCACCGGCGUCCAACGGCUGCUCCAAGAACGGCGCCUACGGCAGCGACGACGACUCGGAGCGAGCGGGCGGCGAUGGGGACGAGGACGGCGGCGGCGAGGGGGAGGACGCGGCCGGGUCGUCCUCCUCCUCCUCGGCACCCACCGCGCCGGCACGCAAGGCGCGCAGGAGCCGGUCCAACGGCGACGGCAAAAAGUCCCCCGGGCGCUCGCGGGUGACACGGAGCUCCGGCCGCCAGCCGACCAUCCUCAGCCUGUUCUCCAAGAGGUCCAACAAGCGGAAAUCGGAGGAAGCGAAUGGCGACGUGAAGCAGGAAACCAUGAGCGUGGAGAAGGAGGAAGAGGAGCUGGAGGAGAAGGAACAAGACGAGAAGAGGUUGAAAAUGGAAGCCAAAGAAGGGUUGGAGCUUAAAGAUGAAAUCACUCAGGUUAAAACUACGACGCUUGCUAAAACCACCCCUCCCAAGUGCAUGGACUGCAGGCAAUACCUCGACGAUCCCGACCUCAAGUUCUUCCAAGGGGACCCCGGCGACGCCCUGGAGGAACCCGAAAUGCUGACGGACGAGCGCUUGUCCCUGUUUGACGCCAACGAGGACGGGUUCGAGAGCUACGAGGACCUUCCGCAGCACAAAGUCACCUCUUUCAGCGUCUACGACAAGCGGGGUCACUUGUGUCCCUUUGACACCGGCCUGAUCGAGAGGAACAUCGAGCUGUAUUUCAGCGGCGCCGUCAAGCCCAUCUACGACGACAACCCGUGUCUGGACGGUGGGGUGAGAGCCAAGAAAUUGGGACCCAUCAACGCCUGGUGGAUCACGGGCUUCGACGGAGGGGAGAAGGCGCUGAUCGGCUUCAGCACGGCCUUUGCGGAUUACAUCCUGAUGGAGCCCAGCGAGGAGUACGCGCCCAUCUUCGCCCUCAUGCAGGAGAAGAUCUACAUGAGCAAGAUCGUGGUGGAGUUCCUGCAGAACAACCGCGACGUCAGCUACGAGGACCUGCUCAACAAGAUCGAGACCACGGUUCCCCCCGCCGGGCUCAACUUCAACCGCUUCACGGAGGACUCGCUGCUGCGGCACGCGCAGUUCGUGGUGGAGCAGGUGGAGAGCUACGACGAGGCCGGCGACAGCGACGAGCCCCCCGUCCUCAUCACCCCCUGCAUGCGGGAUCUGAUCAAACUGGCCGGCGUCACCCUGGGGAAGAGGCGAGCCGUCAGGCGCCAAGCCAUCCGGCACCCCACCAAAAUAGACAAGGACAAGGGGCCCACCAAAGCCACCACCACCAAACUGGUGUACCACAUCUUCGACACCUUCUUCUCGGAGCAGAUCGAGAAAGACGAGAGGGAAGACGACAAGGAGAACGCCAUGAAGCGCCGGCGCUGCGGCGUCUGCGAGGUUUGCCAGCAGCCCGAGUGCGGGAAGUGCAAAGCCUGCCAGAACAUGGUGAAAUUUGGGGGCAGCGGGCGGAGUAAACAGGCGUGUUUGCAGAGGAGGUGUCCCAACUUGGCCGUCCGGGAAGCCGAUGAGGAUGAGGAGGUUGACGACAACAUCCCCGAGAUGCCGUCGCCCAAGAAGAUGCUGCAGGGGAGGAAGAAGAAGCAGAACAAGAGUCGCAUCUCCUGGGUGGGGGAACCCAUCAAGAGCGAUGGGAAGAAGGAUUAUUACCAGAGGGUCUGCAUCGACUCGGAGACGCUGGAGGUGGGAGAUUGUGUCUCCGUCAGCCCCGACGAUCCCACCAAACCCCUCUACCUCGCCAGGGUCACGGCCAUGUGGGAGGACAGCAGCGGGCAGAUGUUCCACGCUCACUGGUUCUGCCCCGGCUCCGACACCGUCCUGGGAGCCACGUCCGACCCUCUGGAGCUGUUCCUGGUGGACGAGUGCGAGGACAUGCAGCUCUCCUACAUCCACGGCAAAGUCAAGGUCAUCUACAAGGCUCCCUCGGAGAACUGGUCCAUGGAGGGCGGGCUGGAUAUGGAGAUCAAGAUGGUGGAAGACGACGGGAGGACUUAUUUUUACCAGAUGUGGUACGACCAGGAAUACGCCCGCUUCGAAUCGCCCCCCAAAACGCAGCCCGCGGAGGACAAUAAAUACAAGUUCUGCAUGAGCUGCACGCGUCUGGACGAGGUGCGGCAGAAGGAGAUCCCCAAAGUGGCCGAACCCCUGGAAGAAGGGGAUGGGAAGAUGUUCUACGGCGUGGCCACCAAGAACGGGGUGCAGUACCGCGUGGGCGACGGCGUCUACCUCCUGCCCGACGCCUUUUCCUUCAGCAUGAAACCCGCCAGCCCCGCCAAGCGCCCCAAAAAGGAGGCGGUGGACGAGGAGCUGUACCCGGAGCAUUACCGCAAGUACUCCGAGUACAUCAAGGGCAGCAACCUGGACGCCCCCGACCCGUAUCGCGUGGGCCGCAUCAAGGAGAUCUUCUGCAACAUCCGCAGCAACGGGAAGCCCAACGAGGCCGACAUCAAGCUGCGGAUCUGCAAGUUCUAUAGACCCGAAAACACGCACAAAUCGGUGAAAGCCAGCUACCACGCCGACAUCAACCUCCUGUAUUGGAGCGACGAGGAGGCCACGGUGGAUUUCCGCGCCGUGCAGGGCCGCUGCACCGUGGUGUACGGCGAGGACCUGACCGAGAGCAUCCAGGAUUAUUCCGCCGGUGGGCUCGACCGCUUCUACUUCUUGGAGGCUUAUAACGCAAAAACCAAGAGCUUUGAGGAUCCUCCCAACCACGCUCGGAGCUCUGGCAAUAAAGGGAAGGGGAAAGGGAAAGGGAAAGGCAAAGGCAAAGGGAAAUCGUCGUUGAGCUGCGAGCAGAGCGAGCAGGAACCGGCCGAGCUCAAGCUGCCCAAGCUGCGCACCCUGGACGUGUUCUCGGGCUGCGGGGGGUUGUCCGAGGGCUUCCACCAGGCAGGCGUGUCGGAGACGCUCUGGGCCAUCGAGAUGUGGGAACCGGCGGCGCAGGCGUUCCGCUUGAACAACCCCAGCACCACGGUGUUCACGGAGGAUUGCAACGUGCUGCUCAAGCUGGUGAUGUCGGGCGAAAAGACCAACUCGCUGGGUCAGAAGCUGCCCCAAAAAGGCGACGUGGAGAUGCUGUGCGGGGGCCCCCCGUGCCAGGGCUUCAGCGGCAUGAACCGCUUCAACUCCCGCACCUACUCCAAGUUCAAGAACUCCCUGGUCGUCUCCUUCCUCAGCUACUGCGACUACUACAGACCGCGGUUCUUCCUUCUGGAGAACGUCAGGAACUUCGUGUCCUUCAAGCGUUCCAUGGUGCUAAAGCUCACCCUGCGCUGCCUCGUCCGCAUGGGUUACCAGUGCACCUUCGGGGUGCUGCAGGCUGGCCAGUACGGCGUUGCCCAGACGCGCCGCCGAGCCAUCGUCCUCGCCGCGGCGCCCGGCGAGAAGCUGCCCAUGUUCCCCGAGCCUCUGCACGUCUUUGCGCCGCGCGCCUGCCAGCUGAGCGUCGUGGUGGACGACAAGAAGUUCGUCAGCAACAUCACGCGGACGUAUUCCGGCCCCUUUCGCACCAUCACGGUGCGCGACACCAUGUCCGACCUGCCGGAGAUCAGGAACGGUGCCUCCGCCUUGGAGAUCUCCUACAACGGGGAGCCCCAGUCUUGGUUCCAGCGGCAGAUCCGGGGCUCCCAGUAUCAGCCCAUCCUCAGGGACCAUAUCUGCAAGGACAUGAGCGCCCUGGUCGCCGCCCGGAUGAGACACAUCCCCUUGGCGCCCGGUUCCGAUUGGCGCGACCUGCCCAACAUCGAGGUGCGGCUGUCGGACGGCACGACCACCCGCAAGCUGCGCUACACGCACCACGAGAAGAAGAACGGCCGCAGCAGCUCCGGAGCGUUGCGGGGGGUCUGCUGCUGCGCCGAAGGGAAACCCUGCGACCCCGCCGACCGGCAGUUCAACACGCUCAUCCCGUGGUGCUUGCCGCACACCGGCAACCGGCACAACCACUGGGCCGGGCUCUAUGGGCGUCUGGAGUGGGACGGCUUCUUCAGCACCACCGUCACCAACCCCGAGCCCAUGGGCAAGCAGGGUCGGGUGCUGCACCCGGAGCAGCACCGGGUGGUGAGCGUGAGGGAGUGCGCCCGCUCCCAGGGCUUCCCCGACACCUAUCGCCUCUUCGGGAACAUCCUCGACAAGCACAGACAGGUCGGUAACGCGGUGCCUCCUCCUCUAGCCAAAGCCAUCGGGCUGGAGAUCAAAUGGUGCGUGUUGGCGAAGCUGAAGGAGGACAUGGCGGAGCCCAGCGCCCCGGAGAAGAUGGAGACCAUGGAAACCGACUGACGCGCAGCCUCUGCUCCCGCAAACACGCACCCCUUUAUUUGAACCCCUCUUUUUGGUUUGUUUUGUUUGAUUUCGUUGGGUUUUUUGAAAUCCCGCUCGUGUCCGUCCCCCCGCCGCUGUCUGUGCUGGUCAAACUCCAUCACCCCCCCCCAGGCCGAGGCCUCUGGGACCCCCUCGGGCUCCAGGCCCUGCCCCGUUUUUACGCCGCAUUGUAUUGAAAAUAAUCGGCCGCUUUGUACAAGUGGGAAUUGAUACUUUAUGUAGUUUUUAUAUGUUGUAAUAUUUCUUCAAAUAAAUCUCUCCUAUAAAUUAUAA